AUGCCAGCACCACCAACAAAUAUGUCAAACGCGUUACAACACGAACAACAAGGUCCUCACCACCACAAUAAUACACAUAGUCAUAGUUUGCCUGAUUGCAUCUCCCAAGGAGGUACAAUUGCCGAAUGGCAACACAACACCUACAACCAAAAUACUCAUGUGCGAGUUCAUAUGCCCGAUGGAUCCGAUAAAUUCUUUCCAAACGUGAAGCAAGAUCACCUACAAUUAUAUCUAAACACGAAACCUACCAUUCUCGACUCUCACGAGACUUACUAUGACUCGUCUGCGACAAUGUCACGUGAUGUCUCACCUUCAGCUGACGAGGAUGACGACAGUGACGACGAAAUGCAAGACACGAGUAGUGACCACCCAAGUAACCAACCACUUUUUUUGAACUUUACUUCGGAUCUUGCUCCGCAGCACAUGUCAAAGAAAAAGUCAAAGGAAAAAAAGCAAUUACAGUAUCGUGUGAAUGGUGUCAAUAUUUUGAAUAGAAAUAGUCUAGAUAUGCAGACCGCUAUGGAACGUUUAAAACGACGACGAGAAAAUCAUAAUAAUGUAGAACGUAAAAGGCGAAACAACAUCAAUAAUACUAUUUAUGAAAUUUCACUGCUUAUGCCCACGGCGUAUCGUUCUGGAUCCAAACCCAACAAGGGUAGCAUUUUGAGGCGGGCCGUGGAAUAUAUAAAGCAUCAGCAACAACCAUCAUCAGAAACAUAUGAUUCGAAUGACGCAGCAACCACUGUGUCAUCUGUGUCAUCAUCUUCAUCGACAACCAAUAGUUUCAAGUCAAACGCAUCACCAUCACAUGCAGAUCACAUGACAAGUCAAGUAAAAACCGGUAGGCAAAUUCCGAUGGAACCGGCAAGUCCUCUGAUAUUGCCACCACCAUCGACAGUACUUCGAAGCUUGGAUCUAACCACAAGACUUAAAGUAGAAUCAGUUGCUGUUAUGCAACAGCCAUCAAAUCCAAAUUCACCAAGAAAAAGAAAUUCACAGGAUAACAUUGUAUUACCACCAAUUUCAUCAGAAUUGGCAAAAGAAUUUGCAUUGCCACCACCUCGAACAACUAGUCCUCUGCAUAUUUCAAAUGUAACACCACCAUUAUUACCAUUCAAUUUUGCACCGCCGAAUUCGACGAUCAUGACGUCAUCAUCAGCAUCGUCGUCAACGACGUCACUUGUACACGUUCCAUCACCGUCAAAUCCAUACUACAUGCAGCAGACGACAACGACAUCGCAGCACCACGCCUCUUCGGAACUGACACACUCAACGUCUGCUCCGAUUGUCGGAACACCCGUUAAUUUGCCUCCUCUAGUUCUCGGACUUGGCCCUCGAAAUAAUGGUAAUGCUACAAUACUAAAUAACAGCGUGAACCUCGGUGAGUCUACAACUCACCACCAUCUACACCACCAGCAUCACACUCAACCUGGUCACAAUUCACACCAACACAAUAUCCAUCCCAUUGGCUCCCCUUCACCUUCCUCACCACCUUUAUCUUCGUCAAAUACAACUUCUACUGCUACCCAACAACACUCUUCUCAUCAUUCUCAACAACCACCUCAAUUUGCUCAACAACCGAUAACUUUUAUAUUCGAACGUUUUUGCUCGAAUGUAUCUAACGGACCACCUUCUAUGCAUUCUUCUCUUUCGUCUUCACAAAUGGGUAUCAGACCAGUUCAACAUCCACAAUUGCAAACUCAGCCUCCGAUCCAACAACACACACCGCCACAAUACUCUUAUAGAACCCCGAUAGAUUCUCCAACCUCGAUUCACACUCACGAAGAUUCUCGAUCGGAAGAAGAUUACGGAGAUAAUAUGAUGAUUGAUUCGGCAAGUAGAUGUGAGGAUUAUGAUCAUAUAAUAACACCUUUAGAAUCAUUAAAAAAAUUGUUGAUGCAAUUCCCGGCAAUGUCACCAGCACGUUUGAACACAAUUCUACCAGUACUUCUUGAUAAUGAUAUAGACGACCCAGAAAUUCUUCUUUUAAUUGAAAAUGAAAAAUUUCUUCGAGACUUGCGUGGUAAAAAUGGAUCUGAAAUAAGUCUGGGCAAUUGUCUAUUACUUUGGCAUGGCAUACAGGAGUAUCAGAGACACAAUGCCUCGAAUACAACUGUACACACGCCAAAAUCUUAUUCAUCCGCUUCAUCCGCUUAUUCACCACCACCCUUAAAUAUACGAUCCGAUCAUCUUAUGUCAUUACCUAGAUCUAAGAGACAGAAAUUAGAAUUGGGCGAUAAGGAUGAUGGUGCUUCUUCGACCCGUAUUAAAGCGCCAAAACUAAGCAUGUCAACAAUAGAAGAAGUACAUUCACGAGUAAAUUGUGUUCUGAAUGUCGUAAAAAUCGAGAAUGACAAGCGUAAACAAAUUAGUCUCUCGCAGAAUCCAUCUGCUCAACCUGCAUUGAAAUUUGAGGAUUUUGUCGCAGAAUUAAAACGCGCUCAUAAAAUUCCUGUGGCAUUUGGUACAUUAAGAGAUAUGAGAUUUGCGUAUAUACUUAAAAAAUUACAUGAAGCAAAAUAUAAGGAAUUAUUAAGCUCGAAUCGAGGUAACGUGACCGAAUUCUAUCGGACUUGUCAAGAGGUUUGUGAGGAAAUGUUUAAGGAGGAUGAUUUGGAGGGUGCUUUACCGUGGCUAGAACUGAAAAGUAAAUUGUACUAUAAGCAGUGA